AUGAUGCUAAUCAGAUUCUUUCUUCAUAUUGCCGGGGCGAGACUCGCCGUGACAGCACCAGAUUCACCAGUUCAGCCACCAAGCGCCCCGGAAUGGGACCUGUCUAAACCAUUGAAUGGGUUUACCUUCCAGCGAGCCAAGGCCAUGUCUGCUGCUCCUACAAUCGACAGGCCGGCUCUGCUUUAUUCCAAGAUUACCAACAUUAAGAGCUCAUCAAGCAAUUAUAAUGCGGUUUCGAGCCUCGUGCAAAUUUUGCAAACACCCCCUUCGCACGGCCAGCACACAUAUCAAAACAUCAGCACCACCGGAAACUUAUCGACUCAAUACGCCAUUCAAUGCGGAUGGGACGGUGCUCCAGUGUGGUUGCUUCUGGACACGGGAAGCGCGGACACAUGGGCAGUUCAAAACGGUUUCGAAUGCCAUGACUCUGAUGGUACGAAGCAUAAUCAAGCCGCAUGUGCUUUUGGGAAUCCCCACGUGAGGGAAUUUCAAAACGGUCCCAUUGAUGGUCUUCACUUCUAUCUAAAAUACGGCUCUGGCGAGAAAGUCUUCGGCCCCAUGGGUUACGCUGACAUAUCUUGUGGAGGUGUUUCUGUCCCGAGACAACAAGCUGGGCUCGCUAACUAUACCUAUUGGCACGGUAAUAACCUUACGGUCGGCAUCUUGGGUCUUGCAUACCCAUCCAUUACAAGUGCUUUCUAUGGGGAGAUUGGAAAAGAAGCCGCCUGGAAUGCCAUCCAAUAUGUACCUUUCCUGACAAAUGCCAUCAUGCAAGGAAGCAUAGAUCCGGUUUUUAGUGUUGCCCUGGCCAAGAACUCUUCGAAUGGAAUUAUUGCCUGGGGUGGCUUGCCGCGAGUCCAGACAGCGACUGAUGUCUACGCCAAGGCUGAUCUAAUCAUAGUAAGUGGUGCCAGCCCAGAGGUGUGCAGACCAAGAUUGUUGGUCAAGACUCAAGACAACCUCAUUCAGAGGUGCUAA